AUGGAAGCAACAUUUACUUUAAAUGAUGUUCUUAAACAACUUGGAAUACAAGAUGCAUUUGAUCCAAGUAAUGCCGAUUUUACUGGUAUUGCUAGUAAACAAGAUGAUAUGAAUGGUCUUUACAUCACCAAAGUUGUUCAUAAAGCAUUUUUUGAUGUAAACGAAAAAGGUUCAGAAGCUGCUGCUGCUACUGAUUAUUUUUCGGGGUUUGCGGGGGGAAUGAUUCGCCAGAAUCCUGAUCCGAUCAUAUUCAAAGCUGAUCGACCAUUUUUAUUUUAUAUACGAGAAAUAAAACAAAAUCUCACAUUGUUUACUGGCAAAUUUGUCACAUGCGCAAAUACAUCAUCCUAA